GCUCGUGUGAGGGACUCGAGCCGAGCGGUUGGUUGAUGGGGGAAACAACAACAAGCUAGGCAUCAUGAGGGUCCCCGAAACGCUGAUUUGGACCGCUUUUCUCAUCCAGAAGGUGGUGGGAGAGUACGGCAUGGCCCAUUUCAGUGACAAGGGCAAGAGCAAAGGAAAGGAUUACUGCAUAUUCUUCAACUCACAGUGGGCACGUCUACCUCAGGACCUCAAUAAGGCAUCGCGUCUUCAGAUCUACGACCUGACGACAUCGGUCUUGUGCUUGCCCUCUGAUGUCCCGGAGGGAGGCUUCCCAAAUCGCAUUCCCAUGGUGAUGAGAGGCAACUGCACUUUUUAUGAAAAGGUUCGGCUGGCCCAGCUUAACGGCGCCAAGGGCCUACUUAUUGUCAGCAAGGACAGACUGACACCUCCAGCAGGAAACAAGACUCAAUAUGAGGAGAUUGACAUUCCUGUAGCGCUGCUCAGCUACUCUGAUAUGCUGGACAUCAGUAAGACCUUUGGUAAAGGAAGACUGGUUGCCAUGUACGCACCCAAUGAGCCGGUGUUGGACUACAACAUGGUGAUCAUCUUUUUGAUGGCAGUAGGAACGGUGGCUAUUGGAGGUUGCUGGGCCGGCAGCAGAGACAGCAAGAAACGCUACAUGAAGCACAAACGGGACGACGGUGCGGAGAAGCUGGAUGAGGAGACGGUAGACAUCACGCCCAUCAUGAUCUAUGUGUUCGUGGUCAUGUGCUGCAGUAUGCUGGUGCUACUCUACUUUUUCUAUGACCAGCUGGGUACGACAAAUACACUCACACAUCUUGAUCUGAGCACAUAAUGUAACACUCAAUAC